AUGAGGUGUUUGUUAAAGGAAACAAGAACCAACAAAGUCCUUGAAGAUAGAGUCAAAUGGUUGGAAAAGGUAGUUGAGCAUAGCUCUCAGCAGAUACCCUUGUUGAACACUGAAGCGUAUGAGAACCAAAAUGUCCUGGGAACAAAGGUAAAAACUAAGCUUGACGCAGCUGUACCUUUGCUAAAAUCUGAAGAAUUGACUGACCUACAUUUUGAAAAGGAUGCUAGAGAAGUCGCCUCGACAACGAGCACUGUCUGCAAAGGUAAAGGCUUACCUAAUCAUCACGCUUCAUCAAGUGGACUGGAGAUUAGUGACAAGAUUGUGAGGGUUUAUUCAAGUGGUAUUGAGUCAGAGGAUAUUCAUCUUCAAUCUGAUAUUAUCGAAAAAGCAAUUGCUCCAGUUGAGGCGGCUCAAAGUUUAUUUGCUACUAGUGAUGAACAUUUGAAUGAAAGCUGGAAAUUGGAGUGGGAAAAGAAAAUGAUGGAUGAGGAAUAUCCGGUGUCUGGUGCGUUAACUAUGGAAGAAGGUAGAGAAGAAGAAGCAGAACAACAAGCUACACUUUUCCAGCUCCUUUUGAAGAUGCCUGAAGAUUUUUCUGUCAGCCCCCCCGCAACAUUAUGCUUUGGGUGUUUAUCUUUUGCUUUAUGA